AUGGCCCACCAAUUGACCAUCCUUUGCUGCGCACUCCUGGGUGUGGCUGCUGCUAGCUACAUCCCUCAUGGCGGAUAUAAUCACGGACACGGAGUGGGCUACAGCAUCCAGACGCAUCACGAGGCGCCCAAGCAGUGGCGCGAUCACCAGCAGGGUCACCACCAAUGGGUGGAGGCUCCAAAGGCCCACUCUUGGGGCACAGUUCAGGAUCACCACCACCAGCAGUGGGCUCCAGUCGCUUCGCACGACAGCCACAACCAGUGGAGCCACCACGAGGAGCCCAAUCACCACCCGAAAUACGAGUUUAACUACGGAGUGAAGGACACCAAGACCGGAGACAUCAAGCAGCAGUGGGAGACCCGGGAUGGCGACAAGGUCAAGGGAGGCUACACCAUGAAGGAGGCUGAUGGACGCACCAGGAUCGUUGAGUACACUGCCGACGCCCACAACGGAUUCCAGGCAACCGUGAAGCAUGUGGGGCACGCCAGUCACUUGGAGCACAGCCACGCACAUGGACAUGGACAUGGCCAGGAGUACGGUCAUGGACAUGGUCACGCCACAAGCUACGUGGAUGUCAAACAGGACACCAGCAGCAAGUGGGAGGACAAGAGCAGCAAGUGGUGGUAA